AUGGCUCCCAGCGCAGUGUCCCAUGAGUCCGGCUCGCCGGUCGGUGCUUUUGCCACUCCGGUUGUCCAGAAGACUCUUCUCAAGGAGAACAAUGAUGGCAACACUGCCAACACUGCCAACGGUGCCAACGCCGCUACACCUCUUGGCGACGAGGUCAAGGCCUUGUUUGGCCGCUGGGAGGACGAUUUCACGUUCGCGCCGAUCCGCGAGAGCCAGGUCUCGCGUGCCAUGACGCGCCGCUACUUUGCCGACCUCGACGCCUACGCGGAGUCGGACAUUGUCAUCGUCGGCGCCGGCUCCUGCGGUCUGAGCGCGGCCUACACGCUGGGCAAGCUGCGCCCGGACCUGCGCAUUGCCCUCGUGGAGGCGGGUGUCGCCCCGGGCGGCGGCGCGUGGCUGGGUGGCCAGCUGUUCUCGGCCAUGGUGAUGCGCAAGCCGGCCGAUGUGUUUUUGCGCGAGGUCGGCGUGCCCUACGACGACGAGGGCGACUUUGUUGUGGUGAAGCAUGCCUCGCUGUUCACGUCGACGGUCCUGUCGCAUGUGCUGCGCUUCCCCAACAUCAAGCUGUUUAACGCGACGGCCGUCGAAGACUUGAUUACGCGUCCCGCCGUCGACGGCGACGACGCCGAGGGCGUCCGCAUUGCCGGCGUCGUCACCAACUGGACCCUCGUGUCCCUCCACCACGACGACCAGUCUUGCAUGGACCCCAACACCAUCAAUGCGCCCGUCGUCAUCUCGACCACGGGCCACGACGGCCCCAUGGGCGCCUUUUCGGUCAAGCGCCUCGUCAGCAUGCAGCGCCUCGAGAAGCUGGGCGGCAUGCGCGGCCUCGACAUGCAGCUGGCCGAGGACGCGAUUGUCAAGAACACGCGCGAGGUGGUGCCCGGGCUGAUUGUCGGCGGCAUGGAGCUGUCCGAGGUCGACGGCGCCAACCGGAUGGGUCCGACGUUUGGUGCGAUGGCGCUGAGCGGCGUCAAGGCGGCCGAGGAGGCGCUGCGGGUGUUUGACCUGCGCAAGAAGCAGAAUGAGAACUAG